AUGAAAAUAUUGGAUAAGAUUUUAAAAUUAACGAUUAUUUUAAAAUUUUUUCCAAAAUUUACAGAAUGUAGCAAUACACAAGUGUCAGACACUACCUUUGUGUGUCUAUUCGAUAUAGAAUGUAACAUAACAAUUAAAAACAGUUCAACAAUAACAAAGGCUCAUGUGUCUAAAGAUGACACAUGUACGUCGGACGAACAUCUUAAAGACUUUGUAACAACAGAUGUUAAUUCUAACUCCGUAGUUAAAUGGAAACCUGAAUUAAAAGAUAAAAAUUUAACAAGUGUCAAGUUGUGUGUUACCAAAACCAGUGGGCAAACCAAAACAUCUGAGCCUGCCGGAACCUCUGAUCAUGCUGCAACCUCCGAGAAUGCCGAAAUCUCCGAGCAAACCCAAACCUCUGAUCAAACCGAAACCUGUGAGCAAGUUGGAACCAUUAAACUAUAUUCCUUAAGUCACCAUUAUUCGAUUGAUGAAAAUAAUGACUUAGCCUUGGUCUUAAUUGGUUCCAACGUUUAUAAUUUGGAUCUAGUGAUUUCGAAAGAAGAUCAGUAUGUUCUUGGUGAUUCCCCUAGAAAAUACAAGUUUGUGAAAUUAAAUGAACAUCUGGUUGUCCAUGCUCCUCUAUUCAUCCUCUUGGAUGCAGAUAAAGAAUUUACUCAAGUUAAUUUGUAUAUCCACUACCACGAAACAACAACAUAUUUGACAUUUUUACAAAAAUUAGUCAUUUUUAACAUUGGAAAGGUGGCAACAUUCGACCACAGAGUGGUUGAAAAACACAUUAUCGCAGAAAUUAAAGGGAUAAGUUUAGAAGAUCUCAAACGACUAGAUGCAUCCCAGACCAGUAAGGAGCCUAAAGAGUUCUUUUUCCUAAGUGCCCAGUCAAAUGAUGAUACAACUGGACUCCCUUCAAUGUGUGGAAGCUCCAACACGCUCUGGCACCUACUUGAUUUGACAUAUAAGAUCAGUGAAGGAACAACAAAGUCUCUUGUUAUCCUGUUACCAAUUGAACUCUAUAACAAAACGAUAAAAAUAUGUGGAGGCUUUAAAAGGGAUAAUCUGAAAGAUUAUUACAUACCGCUAUACACCUUCACAGCAAGUGAUAAAUUUGCGCGCCACUACCAGAACGUCUUCUACGCUAGUCCCCUGGGUAUGGCGGAUUUAGAGUUUGAUUCAGAUUUCCAUCCUCUGAGUGAGAUCAAGUUCAUAUGCCCUUGCACCUUGUCUUAUCUUGAUAAGAUAAGGAGGUCUUACAACAUUCCUAAAAUGUGUGAUAAGAUAAUGGAUUAUAAGGUGGGAUACCAGGAAGUGAAUACUAAUAUUUCUAAGUACAACCCUGACGUGUCGUAUGAGCCCUCAGACCUAUACCUGUCAAUUCACAAUAAAACCAUGUUGUCGAACUACUUCUUGGCCCACAAGUUGGUAUAUUUGCCGGACAAGAGUGUGCACUCAGAAAAAGGAACAAAGUGGAUAAAAAACAGUAUUUUCCUGCCUAGACUGUACGCAGAACACCAAUACCCCUACGUCAUUUUCCUGUGUGACCGCUGGAGGCACAAUGUGUGCUUCACAGACGACGAGUUUGAUACCAUAAUAGGAGUAAUACACCCUUCCCCUGACUUGGUGUUUGAAGUGUCAGCAAGCUGGUCGGAAGACGGCAUGACGGUGGGCCUUAAAAUGAGGUCUCAAAAGCCUCCCAUAAUUAAGCUCGUCAUGUCUAAAGACAUACAGUACGCGAACUAUGAGUCAAAAUGUAACACCCAUAAAGGGUUUUAUCCAUUCCCACCAGAACAAACUGAACCACAAAACGAAUAUUACACCCAUGUGUACAAAAUAAACAGACUCAUCCAGGGAAGAAUAUACUACUUGUGUAUCCUGAGAGCCAAGGAGCAAGAGAACCAGCAACAGAACAUCCAGGAACUGUAUGAACAACAACAAUCCAUAUUGAACAAUCCUCUCAAAUCACACGUGACCUCUAAAAUGUCCUGGAACUUCAUAGGAAUAAUAAACACACAGUCGGUCGUUUCGGAUCUCAGAUUGAGUUUCACCAAGGUAGGAAAUGAGGGGAAUCUCCUUUUUCCUACAACAGGGUUCCAGGGUAACUGUAGACUAAACGGGUUCUAUUUCUCGAAAAAUAUGCUGCUAGACUGUAAAUCGCUUAACCCAUCUGAUGAAAUAUCCCUAACCUUGCCCAGAUACGAGUACUCCAGUCUAAUAAACUUCGUAGACAACUAUCGCACACACACAGGCCCUGAGCCGCCGUCCACAGAUAAUCAUUCUGAGUCUGAAGGAUUCUGGCUCAGUUACGACGAAACGCACUGGAAAGGAUUAGGUAGGUACAUUAACUACACGGGUCCCUUUCAACCGAGUGAGAACUUAUAUAAGGUGUGCGUAUGUCUGAAUAGAGACUGCUAUUUCUCAGGAAACGCAUUCUACUCCAGACUUAACUCCUUCGAACUGAGUCGUUUUAUCAGAAUAAAUGACUUUUUUGACCAAAUGGCACUGGGAAUAGUGCUGUGCAUUUACAACAGGAGAAUAGUAGUGUGCUUUGAUGCACACGAAGAUUUCAAGCUCUCGAUCCAGCACGAAAUUAAGUUCCAACUCCCUCAAAUUAAGAUAAGCAGUAUCUCAUUCGACGAACAAACGAAUAUGCCGUGCAUACUGUCCCCUAAUAGCAUCUACGUAUAUAAACCAGAUUUGAAAUCUAAGCUUGAAAUCACAAACGUACUUGAAAUGAAACAAAUGUUCUCAUUCCCUCAAGUAACGUUCUUCCAGUCCCAGGAUUCCUUGAAGGCCUUCAUCAAAGAAGUGUCAAUACACAGCGCAAUACAAGCCAAGUGGAAUGGGACCGACUUUACGGAGUCUAAUGCUACAUGUGACCAUAAAACACACAUGGAUAGCCACCCAGAUCUAAUGAUUCAGGUGGGCAUAGUGGUCACGAAGAAGACAAAUAACCUCUACAUUUAUAAGAUAGAUGAAACCUUGUAUGAUUGUUUCCAUGUUGAUGAGAACUUGGCAUUGAUAUACAAUAAAAUACAAGUCAAGUUUGAAGAAAAAGCCUGUGUAGUGACCAAAGUGACUCAGCUUGAUCUGAAUAAACAAUUCGCAAAAAUCAGCGAUGGAAUUAUACUAAAGGUGGACAAGAGGUCGUUACUGGGAAUGGAGCUGCAAAUGUUUUUCAUCACUCAACAAGAGAAUGAAACAAUAUAUGUAUUUUACCUUAAGGACGACGAAUUCAAGUACUACUCAAGAGUUAAGGCAACCAAGGGAAUAAGGGAUUUCGUGAUAACGAGGACACACAUCAUAUGCCUGUAUGCGUUGCUACUCCAAGACGAGUUAUCUCAGUCAAUCUUGCAGAUAGAUUACGACAACCUGGUGGACGUGAAUCUGGCCUACCCAGGGUUGGAGGAAAUGGCUUACGGAAAGCACUACUCAUUCGACCCAGAGGUUUCAUCUGAGUUCAUACUAAAGUUCUAUCUGGACGAGGCACAGUCAAAGAUACCGUUUCCAGAGGAUCACCCAAAAGAACUGGCAAUAGGAGAGAGCGGGUUGUUCGUAAACAUAAACAAUGGGAAGAUAUCAGGGAGAGUGAAGUUUGUAGGAACAUUGGAAGCUACGGUGUAUGUUGACGUAUUCCUAGGCAAGGGGUCGGUAAAACUCAGUUUUGUGUCUAAGUGCCCACUAGGAUUCCAGCUUGAUUCGGGGACAAACAGCUGCAAAAGAUGCCCGAAAGGAUAUUACAGGCACAAGAUGUCACUGGAGGCAUGCGUAAGCUGCGAGGACUACAUUCAGAACAGUACCACGGAUUCGGAGGGUAAGGAGAGUCCCCUGGAAUGUGUGUGCAAGCCUGGGUUCUUUAACUCGAAUAACACGUGUAUUGAAUGCCCACCGGGAACCUACAGCGAUGAUUUGGGAGCCCUGGUUUGCGAAGGAGUGUGCCCACCUAAGCAAGUGAGUAAAGUGAGAGGAGCAUCAUCACUGGAGCAGUUGAUGUGCACUUGCAUAGCAGGAUACUACUUGGGGGAAAACGGCUGUGAAAAGUGUGUAAUAGGUACUUACUGCCCAGGGAGAAAUCAAGUAAUCAGGUGUCCAGCAAAUACUACUACCAUAGAGACCGGAAACACAGGAAUUGAAGCUUGUGUUUGUAACCCAGGCUACGAGCUUCUGGAGAACGAAUGUAGACCCUGCGAAAUAACGUCAUACAAGCCAACGAUAGGAAACGAAAGAUGCACUCCUUGCUCACUGGACUCCUACGACAUUCAGUCGUAUACGCAAAUAACAGGGGCGAUCAGCAAGGUAGAGUGCAACAAGUGCCAAAAAGGAUACUACUUCAAUGGAACAGCUUGCACGGAUUGUCCACCAAACUCUUUCUGCAAAGGAGGAAGUUUCAAGCCUGUAAAGUGCGGAGAAAAUUCAAUAAUUAAGAAAGAUACCGCAACUGGAGCUCACGAAUGCCUGUGCCCUAAAGGAUAUGGAUUUACUUCCAUGAAUGUUAAUUCACUGAUUCCUAGAAAUUGCGUAAAGUGCCCCGUUAACACGUUUCAGAUCGUUGAAGGCACGCAAAUGGGAUGCAUAGCUUGCCCAGAAAACACUUAUACACUCUCAGAAGGGUCAACGUCAUUAGUAGAUUGUAUUCCACUGCCAGGAUACUUUAGUUUGAUGCACGAGGACUAUAGUCAAGUGGUGAAAUCUAUUGAGUCAAGACAUAUGAUAGGGGAUCACAGGCGACCCAGCUCACCUGAAAUAAAGUGUUUCAGGUCCACUGAUGAUAUUUUGAGCAGCUACGUGACAUUAACACAAAGUUUGGAAACAUGCGUCGAACUGUGUAACUCGAAUCCGCAUUGCAGAUACUUCUACUACAAGUCCAUGGGUGGAAUUUCAAACAAUAUACUGUCCGAGGGAAGUGAGAACAUAUGUGCAACAUAUACGACGUUUGAUUUGAAAGCGCCACAGUCAAUCGGGGGAGAAGUGAUUGAUAUAAUCAACGAGGAAGAGGGGCCAAUGAUGUGCGAGAUCGUAAGAGAUUACGUGUUCCCGAAGUUUGUGCCGUGCCCAAGGAACUACUAUUGCCCAGGAGGACUUAACUCUGAAAAGAUCAAAUGUUCAAAAAAUUCAGUAACACUAAAGGAGGGAGCAGUGUCAGUGGAAGAGUGUCUGUGUCUCCCGGGGACGUAUUUAAGGUAUGGGUCGUGCGUGCCCUGUAAGAUAGGAUACUAUAAGCCUACAAUAUCGAACUCGGUUUGUACGCUCUGCCCGAAUGACACGACGACAGCAGAGGAGGGAGCCUACAUGGUAAACCAAUGUGUAUGUAAUAGUCACAUGUACGCAAUCACACUGAAGAGAACAAGGGAAGUGAAGGUAAGGAGGCUGAUUUACGUAACAGAAGAGAACGAAGAUCAAGCUGAGUCUGAUCAAGAGAUUGAACACGAUAUCGACAGGAUGUUGAAGAAAAAGAUUGAGAUGCUGACCAGCAAAAAUUUGAACUACUACUGUUCACAUUGUCUCCAUGGGUAUUUCUGCAAAGGAUCCUGGAUGUUCAAAAGGGUGCACAUGCCUCCAAUUCCAUGCUACAGCGGGUCGUCAGUACCAGUAUCAGCAACCAGUCACUCAAUAAAGUCGUGUCUAUGCAAUCCAGGAUACGGGACGAGGCAGCAAGAUUUUAACGUGGAUUCGGGAUAUGGAAUAUCGUGCGAAAUAUGUCCACCAGGGACAUAUAAAUCAGUCUAUGAAAACGCUCCCUGUCUAGGAAUGUGCCCAGCAUACUCGACAUCAUUUCCGGGAUCAACCUCAGAAAGUGAAUGCUUCUGCAUACCAGGUUACUACAUGUACCACGAAGGCGAAAAAAUGGAGUGUAAGAAGUGCCCAGAGGGGAUGAUAUGUCACGGAGGCACAGAGAGGUCCGGAAACAAUUUACCAAUACCAAAGAAGGGGUUUGGAAUAGUGCCUAGUUUAUCAGAAAGUGGAAGUCAGGGGUCAUUCCUACAAAGAUCAGGAAAUAAUAUGGAAGCACAUACAGAGGAGCCGCAGUUAUUGGCAACUGAGUGCCCAAACCCUGACAAAUGUAUCGGAGGAGGACAAUGCAGAGAGGGAUCUAAGGGGUUCCUGUGCACAGAGUGUACAAAGGACUACGAUAUGGACUACUUCAACUCAGAGUGCACGAAGUGCUCUAAGGAGUUAUUGAAGUUGUUGUCACCGAGAAUGGCCUUGUACUUAUCUGUAAUCCUACUAUGCUACCACAACAGGCAGUACAACAUGUACUCGGAAAUGUCACUGGUUCCAAUGUUUAAAAUCGGAUACAUGUUUCUGAUCACGCUGGUGCCGAUGGGAUUUAUAUCAAGUACCUCAGGAUCGAGUAUCUGGAGAUACCACUCGCUGUACAGGAACCUGUUCCUGUCAAACAUAAGCAUAUUCGUGAACACGGAGAGACUAAACUGUUUCAGGAACGGAAUCUAUUCAAUAGUAAAGGGCCUGAAUAAAGCGGGACUGCUAACGCAAAUAAGAAGUGAAGACGACUUGGAGUACUGGCACCUGUGGUACGCCCAAAGGUAUCUGGGAAUAUUAAAGGUGCUGAUAGACCUAUGCGUAACAGUAGUUCUGAGUUGCAUCUGCCUGUUUAUUAAUGCAUUGAUUUUGGAUUCGGAGGCAAGAGUUACCAAGAGGCUGGAGGAUCUUUCAUCUGAAACUGAUGAAAACGAGAUCAGUUUGUCGAUGAUACGCUCAGAAAAUGACCUGGUGGACUUUAAGCGUAGAAGAACUGGGAUUCUGAUUGAAAUGGUGAUACUCACGGCAUGUAUACACGUCCCAUCGAUAUUCAUGAACAGUCUGUCUAUGCUAUGGUGUACUGACCUUAAAGCAAGUGGGAAACGCGUGCUCUUCAACAUGCCGAAUCAGAUAUGCAGCAUCUCCAACCGGUACUUCAUGAGCGGCAUGGUAAUAGGAAAUCUGUCAAUGUGCGUGGCGAUGGGAUUCAUGGCGUACCUGUUAAUUUCGCUGCUCAAAUCUAAUCGCAAAUCAGAAUGGAAAAACAUAUUCGUGACCGGCUACAGGAAUAAAUACAGGUUUUGGGACAUAGUGCAGCUGACGAGGCAGGUGCUGAUAGUAGGCAUAAUGGUGAUGCAACCUUCGCUUGACUCUAAAAAAUCGGAGAUGCAAGCGCUCCUUAGCUUGCUCUUUCUACAAACUGCAUAUCUGUUCGUGCUGCUAUACUACGAGCCUUACGACGCGAGGUCAGGGAACGCACCGGCAAACCUGGAAAAAACACUUACGUACAUAACAAUCUUCGGGUCACUCUUCAUCUACGGAUCGCACCUGUACCACUACGGAGAGUACGGGUACGUGCCGUUUGUGAUGGCGAUCACAGGCUGCUUCAUGUUGUCAAAGACGGUGGUGACUGAGUUAAUUACUGUGGAGGCGAGCCUGUCUAAACCAGGCAAUUUCUUCAAAUCAGUGGUAGAAACUCUUUCACUGCUCUUUAACUACAGCAACGCAAUGCUGUAUUUCAACUACAAGGACGACACGCUGGUGUUCGAAUCAUCAAACGUCAAGAGGAGCUCAGAAACCAUCUGUAGAUUGUGGAUAUACACAUCCCAGGAUAGAAAGUUCCUGCUAACCUGUCUUAGGGACCUGAUCCACCAAUGCGUGGCGUACAAGUGCAAGGGAUCAUUUUCAAGGGAGUUCUUCUACUUCUACACAAGGCUGAUAUACUGGCACUCGAAGUGCAUAAAGAUAAAUAUCUUUAGUAAGGACUUGGAAGAGAAGGACCUGAUCAACCACGUGGCGUUCCUGUACUACUUCGACAAAAAAUUGAAAGAUAACGCAGUGUGGGUCCUCUUCAACUACCCACUCAACAGCCUGAAGAGUCACCGCUCAUACUACCACAACUCAUUUAACUGCGGGGAGGGCUGCAAAGCCUUCUUCAUGAAGACAUCGGCAGAGUGCAUAGAUGAGCUGGGAGCGUGCCUUCUUGUGGACCUUCUGUUCGAAAGUCUUUAUGACAAUAUUCACCUAAGUCUGGCUGAAUUCUACUACUCAAUGCUCUCAGUGAGCCGCAUAGAAGUGGCUCAAAUGAAUACAAUAUUUAAGAUAUACAAAAAGCACAUUAAAUAUGUGAGGAACUACGACAAGUAUAUGCACAAAUAUAAGCUUGAUAGCAUCAGCUCGGAAAUCACGACACUGAAGGAACUGACGAAACUUGAUGGAGACGAGGGAGCGCUGAUGGUGAAACAACAGGAGCUAUUUGAGGAGAAAGAGCAACUAACGAGGGAGAUUAUUCAGUUAUCAGAGUCAAUAGAAAAUAAAAGUAAAUUAGUUGGAGCAGCAAGAAAACAAUUUACGAGAGCAUCGGUACUGAAGGUGGGAGUGGAAAAUGUGCUGGCGAAAGAACUUUCGAACGAUGCUAUAGUCAAUUUGAUAAUGAAAACCAGCAGUGAAGAAAACCAAGGCGGAAGAACGAGCGUCCUAAGAUCAAAAAGAGCCAAAAGGGAGAGCAUAUAUAAUUAUUUUAAGGAAUAUUUAGCUCCGGUGAAAAUCACAUGUGACUUGUACGAGUAUGGACCGUGUGACCUGAGUAAAUUACUACCAGAGGAAUACAAGGCAAAGGAUUUGUACGUGAAGAAGUAUGUGGAUUCCAAAACGAAAUGCGAGGGAAGUAUGUUCGAAUUGGACACAAGUUUAAGUUAUUUGGGUCAAAAUGUGCCAAUGCUGGUGUGGAUCAUAAUAUCUGGAACCAAUGAACCGAUUCGAUACGGAGUCAACUGGAAGAAAGAAGCCUAUGUGUAUUUGCCUCAAGGGAAAGGGCCACAAUCAUUAGAGAAGUACUCUAAGCUUGUUAUCAAAAAUAAAGAUUGCAAUGGGAAAGCAGUAUCAGUAGCUAGCUCAACAAAAAGAAGGGAAAUAAAGGGCUCACAUGGAAAGUGGAAUAUAAGCUAUAUCUCCGACCAAAGGAUACUCGCAUUGAUAAAGGACCCAGUGAUUUGCUAUUGCAACUACGAUCUUUGCAACAACCAUUCUGCGUACGACAAACUGUUAUCUAAGGAGAUUUUGGAAGGGCCUGAGGUGGACAAAUUCCUCAGCGAGACAUGUACGAUAGGAAUAGAGUGUAUUAUAAACAUCAAGGGAAAUUACACAUUGACGCACGACUACUUCAUAGUCGCUAAAUCGGUUUCAGCGCCACUCUCAGGGGUGUUGAUAAGGAAGUUUGAAGGAGUGUACAAGUACUCGGUGAACAAAGACGACUACUUAACAGAAGUAAAGUCAGAAACGAACGCGAACUUAUUUUGGAUCCCAGAGGGAGCCCAGGGAAAGAAUCGAAUAUUCAUAGGAGUAUUAAAAAUUUUAAGUGUAUUCACCGGGAAUGUAUACGCGUCUUUUUUCGGAGAACAACAAAUCAUAUUCAACAAUCGAAACCUUUUGGACUGCGUUGACACAUACGCAUUAGUAUACAAAAUAGAUAUUAGCCGCUCCGCACCAAGGAUAAAAAAGCAGUACACUCUGCUGUCGAAGUCAAAAAUAAGAGACAACUCAAUAACAAUAGAUAUAGUUUUUUUAGCCACUAGCAUAUACACGCUCAAGUAUUGCGACAACUGCGACCAGAGGUUCCAAUGCAACGAGAAUGACGACUAUGAAAGUUAUCCGCUGUUGGCAAACAUAUACGUUAGAGGAAUCGAAUACACUCAGGGCGUAGCGUGUGAUCUACUGAACAACUGCACAGCAAGUCUGAACACCCUGAACAUGAACCAGAAGUCAAACGUGAAUUCAAGAAUUCUGGUCUCAAAAAAGUGUGGAAACCCAGAUUUUCUUCACUUCCUGGAGGACAAUGGACUGGGUAGAAACGAGAUACAAAAGAAUUCAACAAAAUACAAGUGGACAACUAUAAACAACUCAGUGCCAUUGUAUCCACUAACAGUGUUUAAAUUGUGCUGGUGUUCCAAAAUAUUCCUGAAGCAUGAAGAAUGUGACAUCAGAGACUACACAAUCGAGGUGGGAUCACUUAUGCACGGUGACUUCAAAACCUUAAAAAACGAGUGCUGGAUUGGAUCAAAUUGCGAAGUGGUAGCAACUGGAGAUAGCAUAAAGGGCGCAGGCUCAGUGACGAUAUCGAAAAACUGCGAUGAAUACCGCUCUUGGACUAAAAGCCUAUACACUAUACUCGAAACGAUUUCGUUUAAGCAGGAAAACGUGUUUAAAACGCUGAUAAGGCUAGAUAUCAAAAAUGACAAAUCAAUUGUCGGAAAUUAUAACCUCUGCUGGAAACCGAAAAACGAAAUUCAACAAACCAGCGUCGGAUUAAUAGAAAUAAAAGCAUUCGAACUGAAUAUGGAAAGGUAUUACGUUAAACUAGGAUCGUCAGUAGUAAUAAAGCCUAAGUACAACGUAAAAGGAGAGCACUUCAUAUUAAUAAGCAAGGAUUGCAAUGAGACCGGAGACGCGGUCCCUGAAAGAAGAUCAAUGCCAAAUAUAGGCCUCCAUAUGAAUAAAAUUAUUUUCAACACCAGGAAAAAGAUAUGUUGGUGUGUGACUAACGCUUCAAUUCGGUGCAAUUUACUUGAGCAAUUUAAAACGGAGGUCGGAGAGAUGUCCAUUUCAGGACUCACGUUCAACAAUACGAAAAUUUCAUGCAAACGAUUGGAAAAAUGUAGUAUCAAUCUACAGUUUGAGACGUCCGUGGACAUAAGAAACUACGAUAUAGACUCAUUUAACUCAGGAUCAAUGCUAUUGAUAAGAAGGAAAGAUUGCAACUCGGUUUUUUACAAGUCGAUUCUUUACAUGGACAGUGUGUAUUCAACAGUUCCUAUAAUUCAGUUGAGACAGGAAGAGGUCUUCAUCGUGAAGUACCAUACAAUAUACGAGAAAGUAAUCGGAAUGUCAAAACCUCUGGGAGAAUAUAACCUUUGUUAUAAGACCUUGUCGGAUGAGAAUUUUCAUGUAACUCGAAUUUCAGUUGAUGUAAUCAAAAACGUAGGACCGAGCCUGACGAAAUCACAAAUCAUGGUAUAUUCGGGAAAGAGAUUCAACAUUACGAUCACGGGACAUAAUUUGGACAAUAACUUUAAGGUGUUCUUAUCGACAACUCCAAACUGCUACCAAAACAACGAAAACUAUAGCAACGUGAUAGUAUCAAUGCCAAGCAAACCUACAUUGGCUUAUAAAGACAAUGGUAAGGAUGUUCUGAUUUGGACGGGAGUGAUAGUAAAUAAGAAUUUCAUGGGCCAACAAGUGACCCUUAAUGAUAUAUCUAUGGCAAAUCACUUUGACGUUUCGCAGAAGCUACAUCUGUGUUACGAGUGGGAUGAUACACCAGUGUACACAGGAAUCGAUUACUUAAUCUCAGCACCAAAUCAGAUUGACAAAUCUGACUUUAAAGUUAACGAGCCUCUGAAGACAAUAUUAAAAAAUAAAUGGCACAACCAUAAGACAAAUAUACUUUUAAUCACGUUCCUAUCGCCUAGAGCUAUCGAUGUACAUUGCGAAAAUAACGGUCUCGACCAAUAUUCAGAAAACGUGAAAUAUUCAUUUUAUAGCACAAAUAGAUUUAUUAGUGAAUUCUCUAAGUAUCUGGAAAUUAAAAAUUCGCUUAUUUGUUGGUGCGGAGGAUCAGACUGUAAAUCGAUUUCGGACUAUUCAACGACCAUAAUGUUCCCGUCAUUCAAUGGUUUAAACAUUGAAGUGAUUGAAUUGUCGAAUGAGCUUUUCAACCUUAAGUACACAGGCACUGAAUUAACACCCUUUGACGAAAUCAGAAUCGUGGACUACAAAUCAGAAUGCGGAGACUCAAAUUCCUCAAUAAUGACAACAAAUUUAUUAAAACCUAUCGUGGCCCAGCCUUCAACCUCAAAUGCCAUGUCGUUUGCUGAACGCAACGAGUCAGGCUUAGUCAAGAAGUUUUCACUGAACAACAAUAAGGCCAUUUGGGAGUCGCGACCAUUGAAGUUAUCAAAAAUAGAAAAUCAUAUUAACCUAAGCUACAGAGUGUGUAUGUGCUCGUUUUCCAUCAGAGAGCAGUGUAAGAGGGGUGGCGACUUUAUGGACACAGUUGGAUUAGUAGUUAAGUCAAACCCUAAGAACACGAAGAAGAGACAGUUCAUAAUAAGGAUAUUCAUAUCUUACGGGCACACGGAUGAGAAGUGGAUAAAGAUUUGCUCAAGGCAAAACGUAGAUUUACUACACGCGGCAAUGUACUCGUUCAGAAUGAGCGGAGAAGUGUCGGAAGCAAGAGGAUUUGUGGAAAAGUUUAUAUCAAGAUAUUCACAAAACGAAGGAUUCAUGUUAGAGUCCUGCUUGGUGGAGGACACUGAGGUCAAUGUGGAUAGUAAGAACUACACUAGGUUCAUGGUUGAAAGUAAGAGGGGAGUGUACACAAUGCAAAAGGUGGCGAUAAUGGCGAAGGUGCAGCAGGACAUAGCAAUCAGAGCGAACCAUCUGUCGGAAGGAGAAAGCUACAAGCUGAGCAUAAUCCCCUCGGACAUGAGUUGCUCCGACACAGAAGAAAGCAGCUUACACCUGGUGGAAUCGAGCAAGAUUGAAAACGACAGGCUCCUUUUGUUCGAAAACGUAGUAAUGGAGAAGGUAGGGACGUAUAAGCUCUGUAUAAAGCAAGUGAAAAAGACUUCUAAUCAGGAAUCGGAUCACACGUGGUUUGGUAUAGGAUUUCUAAAGGUCAAGGAGUAUUACCUGAACUACGUGUCAGACUUGAUAUCAUUUAACCCGUUGAAAAUUAAUGAUGAAGCUGCCACUGUGCCGGAAAGUGAACAAAAGUGCGAACUGGAGGGGUACACAGGUCUAGUACAGCUCUGCUUAGUACUUAAACACCAACUAGUAAUAGUCUCAGACUGCAACAACAAACUGUGGGCAGUUGAGUUUAACAUUAAAAACGGAGUAGUAAACGUGCUGAAGAAUAAGAACAUGAUGUCGUUAAACUACAUAAGUGAUCACCCCGAGAAGAAUUGGUACCUGUGUAAAGAAAUAGAGCAUAACAGCUCGUUGGUGUUCCUGGGAGAAAGGUAUCUGUUGAGUGUUAAAUUGCCGUUUGAGAAGGACAACUUGGAAAUAAUUAAAGUGUUUAAGCAUAACAUAGUGAACCCGUUGGAUGUGACCAUGCUUGAUUCAUCAUUUCUGGUGUCGGAUGGAUAUUCAAGGUCGUUGUAUCUAUACUCUAUUUCAAAUGACGCCCCUGAUACACUAAACAAAGAGAAGAUUCUAACAGGCUACUAUUGCAUAUCGUUACACCUCUUGUUGGAAGCAGACAAUUCACAAGAUACAGCAAACCUGGUGUGCCUGGAGCCGGAAGUAAAUUCAAUCAUCAUAUUUAACUACGACGAACUGGUUAAACAAACGAAUUCUGCUAUAAUUACGACAUAUGAAUCGACAUCAGAGCAAAACACGGUAAAAAUAGGAUCGCUAAACAGACCCUGCGCACUGGAUUCAUAUAAAACAUCGUUCCUGGAUAAAGAUUACACGCUGUUGUUUGUAGCAGAAAACACAACGGGAAGAAUAAUAGUAUUCAAGAUUGAGGAUAACGCGAUUCAUGGAUACAAAAUAAUGUAUUCGCGAGGGCUGAUAUCUAAAAUCAACGUGGAGCCGAACUCAAAAAUAAUAUAUAUUUCCUCAUGGAGGAACCACAUGGGAAGAAUUGAGGAGUUUGUACAAAACAAGUCAAUAAACUUGUACCUAUAUCUUAGUUUCUACUACAACGUGCCUGAAAAGUAUCAGAGCGGAGACGAAAUAGAACUAGAGCCGGUGAUGAAGGGGGACUACUUUGAGUUCUUCCACGAAAAACCACGGGACAAUAAGGAAAAUCAACAAGUGGUAAACCUGGCCUCAGUGGGACUUUCUUUGGAUGUAAAAACAGGGAAGAUAACAGGAAAAAUAAACAUAAAUGGAACCUAUUUCAUAACAAUAUACGGAGGAAAUUUGCUGAAGGAAGUGGAAACCACGAUUAAGAUAUCUGCGUCGUGUCCUCCAUCACAGCAGUUCAGCAAGGUGUACAGGUUGUGCGAAGACUGUCCAAUAGGAACCUACAGAAACGACGAGGCGGAAGAUCUAUGCAUCCCCUGUAGCGCAAAGAAGCCAAACUCGACGACGAAACAGGUCGGCUCCAAAUACUUCCUGGACUGCCUAUGUGAGCCGGGUUACUUCUUGAGGGGAGACUCGUGCGUAAAAUGUGAGGAGGCGACUUGGAAAGAGGAAAUAGGAGACUCUCCGUGUUCAGGCACCUGCGGUAGCAACAUGACGUCAGACGUGGUGGGAGCAAAAUCCCUGGAGGAGCUGAACUGCUACUGUCUGCCCAGAUUUUACAACAUGAGAAAUGCAGGCCUGGACAGCGAGCUUGUGCCGCCAGACAUACUGAACAUGGCAGGACUGGCCACGACUAUGGAGAUCAGGUACCGCGACAUCGAUCCGUCUCUGGUGUUUUGCAUCCCAUGUGACGUAGGAUUUUACUGCCCAGGAGGAGACUCGAUGCCAAAGUACUGUGGAGUCGGCAAAAGCACCUUGGGGAAAUACAGCCACUCAGAAGACGAAUGCGAAUGCGACAAAGGCUACGGGUUGACGCCUGAAGGAUGUAAACCGUGCUCAAAGUUCGGUUACAAGGACUCAGUAGGAAAUACACUAUGUAACCACUGCCACGAGCACUCAUCGAAGAAGGAUAUGAAAUUACUUAAUUUUGAUUCGAAACUAUUUAGUUUCGACCCCAACGCGCCACGAAUGAAUGAAAAACAAGAAGAAAUUGGACUCGUGGAAAUGUUUUUGGCACACUUGAAGAUCUUCACAAGUGAAAACGAUGGAGAGAUUUUAGUAACAAAUAAGUAUGGUUCAAAAUCAGUGUCUGAAUGCAAGUACUGCAUAUCAGGAUACUAUUUCGACAACAAUGCAAAGGAUUGCUUUGUGUGCCCAUAUGGCUCGUUCUGCCCGGGCUUUGACAGUCAGCCGAAACGCUGCGGACUAAACAGUGUUCUGAGCUCAGACAAUGCGCUAUCCCCUAUGAGUUGUAUGUGCCCGAUGAAAUACGGGAAUCCGUCGGAAACUAGAAAUCCCAUCAGCUUGUCAGUGGAGUGUCAGCAGUGUCCACUGGGAUACUUCCAGCACCUGGAUCUGAUUGACAUACCAUGUUUGCCCUGCCCAGAGAAUACAAAGACAACAUCAGUGGGAUCCUAUAGCAUACUCUCAUGCUUACCGGAACCAGGAUCGUUCAUCCACGCGCUGAUGAAAGUGCCGAUAUCGUUGAUACUGGAAACCGAAGACAAAGCAAAAGAGGAAACGUUUGAAUCAAAAUAUAUUAAAAUACGUGACGAGUCAGGUACUAUGACAACAGAAUGCACUGAGGUCAGAGGGUCUCGUGUGAGCUCGAGGUUUAAGGCGGAGGUCCUGAGGGAGACUGAAAAGUCGUGUUCGGAUGAGUGUCUCAGGAAUAUAUAUUGCACCGGGUACUCAUUCAACGCAGCGAACUACUAUUUCCUGGACGAAGCAACAGAAUACGUAACGAACGACGUAUACCUCUUUGAUGGAACUUCAUUCAUCAACGUUGAAUACAAAACAUGUACAUUAUACUUUUUUAACCUGGACAUAAUUGAAGGCGAAGACGAUGAUGAAUCUGAAGAAGUAAUAAAACUGUGUAAAGUGGUGUACGAAUUCCCGUUUGAGUCAAUGCUAUGUCCAAUGAAUAACUAUUGCGCCGGUUCCAGAAUACCAACUCCAUGUCAUAAAAAUUCUGUAACAAGGGGCAUAGGAGCAAAAUCUAUCGAUUCAUGUCUGUGUAUAGAAGGAUAUGAACCGUCAACACAAGUGAAGGGCCAGUGCACACCCUGUAACAUAGGCUGGUACAAGGAGGAGAUAGGCAACGCCGCGUGUCAAAGGUGCCCGGAAAAGUUUAAAACGUUCCUCCCUGGGUCUAAAAACUCGACUGACUGCGCGUGUACUCAAGGUUACUAUGCAGUACCUGAAAACAAGCAUGACAUGAUUGUCAUAAAUGAGGAAUACAUAGUAACGGAUAAAUCAAUCAGUAAAAAAGGAGAGGAUAUAGACGUCGGCAUGGACAUACAAAUUGAAGACUACAAUCGAUUUGACUACAUGGAGGAAAAUAGAUCUAGAAUGCUACUGAGUGAAUCGUUGGUAUUCUUACCCUCAGGAAUGACCACAAAAACUGCUCCAAGGGCAAACACGUAUAAAAUAAGAUGUGAAAAGUGUUUGUACGAUCACUAUUGCCCAGGAGGAUGGCUCGGCUACAUGGAUUCGGACUACGAAAACACAGUGAAGAUGGACAUAAACAAGUAUAAGAUACAUAAUAUUCCAUACAAGUGCCCGAUUGGAUCAGGGAUACCAACGCAAGCAACGAAUCCAUCCUCAUUAACGCAGUGCCUAUGCCUCCCAGGUUAUAUGCCAAUGGGAUUCGAGUCUAUCCAACACGAAAUGGAUACAACAUACAACUCAGUGGGAGAAUAUUUUACCACGAUCAUGAGUUUGGUGCUCAGGAGAACGUAUUCAAGCAGAUGUAUCCAGUGUGAAACCGGCAUGUUCAAGGAGGGCCAGGAAAACUCGACGUGCAGCGGAAGAUGCAUGGAGUACGCCACAACCUACGGUGGUUCAGUGUCAGAAAGUCAGUGUUUUUGCCACUACGGAAGGUAUAUGAAGAGGAAAUACAUGAAAAAUAACCCGCUGAAGAGCAAGAUCAUAAAAGAGGACUAUAGGAACCUGAAAUGCUCAAAGUGCAUGGAGGGAGCCAUAUGUCCAGGAGGACUGGACGUGGAGAUAGUGGAAAUCUUGAAGCAGCAGUACGACUUCCAGAGCAUCAAACUCGAAAACCACGUGAAGCCGAUGCCACGGCAGGGUUACUUCCCGGCGUACCCUUCCUACAAUAACAUUGAAACUAUAAGCGAGACCUGGCUGCCAUGGACGCAAAACGUGGCCAUCGCCGAGCAGGUGAACACGGCCUACAUGGACUUUCACCCCUGCGGAAUCGAAUUCAGAUGCGGAGGGGGAUUCACAGGCUACUGUUCAAAGGGUUCGACAGGGUACCUGUGCAGCAGAUGCGUGCCGAACUACGACAUGGUGUACUUCAGAAGCGUCUGCGUCGAGUGCCAGUCCCUGUUUGUGGAAAUCUCAAAAUACUUCCUGUACCGGCUCCCCCUGUGCUUCAUAGUAUUCCUGAUAUUUGUGAUACUUCACUACAACCUGGAGGCGUGCUGCGUCCUCCUGAAAAUAUUCAUUGAGUUCUUCUUCACAAUGCUGCCGUACGGGACUAUAAGUAUGUUCACCAGGUCAAGUCUGAAGCCGUUCGUGCACGUAUACAACAACAUUUUCGGCAACUCCUUAAUGCACUUCAUAUACAUCAGGAUCGGCUGCAUUUAUAAAAUAAAGAACCCUGACAAUUACGUGAUCAUUUGGUAUGUGCAGAGGUUCAUAUCGAUAAUAGCCCCUCUGAUCGACAGCUUAUUCCUGCUGUUGAUCUUCUUCAUUAUGAAAACCUUGGUAUUUUUAAAGGAGCUCAUCUUUCACAACAAAUAUGACUCGGACUCAGACUAUGUCGACGAGCCUAGGACCAACUCGUCGAACCUAAUCCACGACAACAACUACUUCUCUCUGUUUCUGAAAAUUUUAAUAAUCAAUUACUUCACGCAGAUCCACUUCAUAUGGACUGAGCUUUUGCAAAUGGUUUGGUGCGUGUCAGUAAAGUAUAAAAAGCAGCCGAGUGUUUCAGUCAUGUUGCACUUUCCCACGGAAGUGUGCAAUGCGGACAACAACAGAUUCGUGACCACGGCUGCAGCCUCUUCAUGUAUCAUCGCAGCGUCGUUUAUCUUAUUCUUCGUCUACAUCAUCAGGUUCCACUCAACGGAAUACGGGACAUUCUUCGGGCUGGGUUACAGGAAGCGCUACAAGGCCUGGGAUUGCCUGAGUCUGUCGAGAAGGUUCCUGGUGUCCUUAAUCACGACCUUCCACAUUCGGAUUCAAUCUCCGCACAAUUCAGGGAGACUGAGAGUCAUUACGAGCUUAAUGCUCUCGAGCUUCAUGGGAGUUGUCUACCUCGUCAAGUUCCCUUUCAACCUGAGGAACGACAACCUGUUUAACAGACUUCAGGUUCUGGGAAUAUGCGUUAACAUAGCCACGGCGUUCAUGAUCCAGGGGAGCUUCAGCUACGACUUCAACUACGCCACGUUGGUGCCGGUGUUCCUGUUUGGAGGAUAUUGCGUCGUGUUAGUCUGGUACACACUGGUGGAGAUUGGGAGGAUCUCGAAGCUGGACAACCUUAGGAGGACGUACUUCAAAAAUUUUAAGCAGUGGCUGUGGAACCUGGUGUCACGGUGCCUCCAGUUUUUCACGUACUGGCACACGGAGGCUCAAAUCACCUACAACAUCAAGGAAAAGUGCAUAACCGUGGAGUCCCCGUUUGAUUUAGACUACAGUGUUUCGAACGUGAAGAAAGUCAAGAACCGCUACUACAAGGGCAAGAACAGCCGUCUGAACAGAAGCGCAAGGAAUAGAGUGGCGCUUUCAAUACACCAAUCGAUGAAUAAGCUCAUUUUGGACAAGAGCACGCUGAGCGUGCCAAGCUACUGGAUAGAGUUCAUCAUAAAUUACACAAUGACUAAAUUCGAUUCAAUAAACAGGCACCGAGUGAAGGAUUCAACGGAAAUAGAGGAAAUUGCUAUAACGCCCUGGCUAAUAAGCAAAUUCACCCUUGACGCGUCCAACGAAGAUUUUGAGAUUCACAUAAAGUCCUUUGAUCCGGAGAAGCCUAACUUGUUGAAGGAGGUUGAGAAGAACUACUCGGGAAUAAAACGGGCAAUGUUUCAAAAAAUCGCCCAAAACAUGGGAGACCAGGAAAUUGACCAGGAAAAGUUGGAUGAAAUGAUUGAAAUGAUGCACACGAAGGCCAUUCUCGAGGAAAAACUGGAGAAGUUGAGCCAAGAACUGGACAAAUUAAUUGAAAACGCCAAACAGGGCGAGCUAGCAGUGAGAUACGUCUUUCAGAUAGAGGAAGGCGUCAAAAACCUCGUAAACACACCCCUUACCAACGACGAGAUACUGUUGAAGAUCGAAGAGUCUAUUUCGCACAGAAAGAGCGACAAAUUCACUAUAGAUUAA